CCCCUGCCUCAGUGUCCAGCCGACCACACCCCCAGCAGUUCUGACAUUUAAGCACAUUUAUGCAUAUUUGACAAACUUUCUGCUCGUAACAGGACAAGGAAAAAGUCACUUUUAGACGCCUCUUUUUUAAGUCUCCUUAAGGGAAGGGACGGCUACACUUGCUCCGCAUCUUGAGUCUAAAAGAAGAGCAUCCAUGGAUUGACAGAUUACACCCUCAGCUUCAAGUGAAAAGUGCCUCGAGCAAGGUCGGGCGAUGUGUGAAGGAGUGUGACGGACGGCCAUGGGACUGGAGAGACGGUGGCUCCAGGCUGUCACCACUGCUAUAGCCAUCUGUCUGCUAAGUGUGUCUCAAGGCGGGGCAUCGUUGGUCCGGGCCAGAGAGGGGGGCUCUGCAGAGCUGGGCUGCAGUCUCACUCCUACAGCCAAAGAAGCCACCACCCCAAACCUCUUUCCUCUGCAUGUGGUGGAGUGGGUGCGCCUCGGCUUCAAUGUUCCCAUCCUCAUCAAAUUUGGAGUGUAUGCUCCUCGUGUUCACCCAAACUACAAGGGCCGUGUUUCUCUGACCCGGGGUGCCUCACUGCUGGUGGAACGGCUGACCCUGGAAGACGAGGGCUGGUUCGAAUGUCGCAUUCUGCUCCUGGACAGCAAAAAAGACAACUUUCGAAACGGCACAUGGACCUUCCUCUCCAUCACAGCUCCACCCAUUUUCAUCAAGACACCCCCAAAGUUCGUAGAGGUGUUGCUCGGAGAAUCGCUGACUCUCAGCUGCGGCGCUCAUGGCAACCCUCGUCCAACUGUUGUCUGGCACAAAGAUGAGAGCCGGAUAGAGAAACAUGAAAAAAUAAAAGUACUCAAUGGUACCUUGUCUAUGGCCUCUGUCACAAGAAAUAUUUCAGGAGUCUACACAUGUCACGUGUCCAACACGGAGGGGAACCUGACCCACACUACGCAGCUGCAGGUCAAAGGACCUCCAAUCAUCAUCAUCUCCCCAGAGGACACCACUCUCAACAUGUCCCAGGAUGCAGUUCUGCAGUGUCAGGCUGACGCCUACCCCUCUAACCUCACCUAUGAGUGGGUGAAACAAGGACAGAACGUUUACCAUAUUGAGUCCCUAAAGUCCAGGGUGAAGGUUUUGGUGGAUGGAACUCUUCUUAUCCCUAAUCUCAUCCCAGAAGAUGCUGGCAACUACACCUGCAUACCAACUAAUGGGAUACUGACUCCGCCCUCAGCCUCUGCGCACCUUAAAGUCAAACAUCCUGCUCGCGUUGGCCGAAUGUCCCGGGAAACAUACCUGCCCUCAGGCAUGGGGGGUGUCAUUGUGUGUCCUGUCCAGGCUGAUCCUCCUGUGCUGUAUGUCAACUGGACCAAAGACGGGAACGAUUUGAAUCUUGACAAUUUCCCAGGUUGGAUGGUGAACUCUGAGGGCUCAGUUUUUAUAACAACAGCCAAUGACAAUGCAGUUGGCAUGUACACGUGUACGCCCUACAACAGUUAUGGCACCAUGGGGCAGUCUGAACCCACCAAGGUCAUUCUGCAGGACCCUCCAACGUUCAAAGUGCUUCCUCGGCCUGAGUAUCUCCAGGAGGUGGGCAGAGAGAUGAUCAUCCCCUGUGAAGCAAUAGGAGACCCCACUCCAAACAUAACAUGGAGCAAGAUUGGCUCCACUCCUCGCUCUCCAUAUAUCGUGUUGGCUAACGGCUCCCUCCUGCUGCAGCCACUCAGCAAAGACCACCAAGGCGGCUGGGAGUGCUUGGCCACUAAUCGUGUGGCGACUGUCAGCGCUGGCACUGUGAUCAUGGUGCUGGGCACCAGUCCUCAUGUUGUUUCCUCAGUUUUUGUCAUCACAGAGAUGAACCAGGCUAAUGUGUCGUGGGUGCCUGGUUUUGAUGGUGGAUACACCCAGAAGUUUACUGUAUGGGUCAAGCAGGCUUCUAGAGGGAAACAUGAAUGGGCGUCUCUGCCUGUGCCGACAUCCAAGAACUACCUGCUGGUGACUGCUCUGCUUGCUGGCACUGGCUACCAGUUCAGUGUCCUUCCUCAGAACAAACUUGGCUCUGGACCUUUUAGUGAAAUUGUCACAGUGCGAACUCAAGCUGUGCCAACAGAGGAACCUACAGCUGUCACCAAUCUACCAAACCUGGAGCCUCCCAUACUCCUGAUGGUCAACCGGACUGAGCAAGGUGUUCUGCUGCAGUGGUCUCCUCCUGAGGCUCCAUCCUCUCCUCUGACCGGUUAUGUGCUACAUGCACGCAGAGAUCAGAGCCACUGGGUCAUCCUCAGCAGCAACAUAAGUGCCAAUCAGAGUGAACUGCUGGUACAAGGACUUCUGAGGGACUCCAGUUAUGAUCUGAGGCUGAUGUCUCGUAGUAAUAAAAUACUCAGCGAACCCAGCGAGUCAGUCAAUGUGUCCACCAUAGGUAUGGAGGUUUACCCAGUGCGUCCAGGUUUCUUGGAGUUCAUCCCUGAGCCCCUGUUGGCUGGUGUGUUAGGAGGAGUGUGCUUCCUGUUUGUGGCCAUCGUCCUCUCAUUGGUCACAGCGUGCUACAUGAGUCAGAGGAGACGCCGCCGACGCCGAAAGAGGAGACAAGAUCUGCCAUCCGCCCUGCAGAAGACCUUAUCUCCAGAAGCUCGCUCACCUCCUCGCAGUCCAGACAGCGUCCUAAAGCUGAAGCUCUGUCCGCCGCUUCCCUUCUUCCCCAACUCCUCCUCCUCACAGUCCGACCGCUCUUCCUUUGACAAAGGCAGCCGCGGAGAAUACCACGACCAGCGGAAACAGCUCCUGUCCAACUCGUCCCCACCGCCACAUUACACGCUCUUUGAGAGCCACCUGGGGUCUCAGGCCCCCUCUCCGACUGCUCUGGAGUCCAUCUCUAGAGGCCCAGAUGGACGCUUUAUUGUUCAACCGCUGCUUGAGAGAUCCAGUCCCUCAAAUAACAAAAUUUUAAACAAGGAAGUCCUGCAAAUAAACGGUGGGGCAGGUGGCCUGGGGAGCAACAGGGCAUCUUUAAGGGACUCACCAAAGUCAAGCAUUUUGAGCUCAGAGAAGGACGAGAGGAGGGACUCUCCUCUCACCGUGGAUGUCCCAGAGUUGAGUAGACCUCCUCCCUCUCCUGGAAGAGUUCGAGCUCUGGCCAGAAACCUUUCCCGUCAUGGCUGUUUUUACUCUGAUGACGAACAAGGCUCGGAGGCCCUGCUGGAGAGAGCCAGCUUUUACUCUGACAACAGUGAGAAAAAACCCAGUGAUUCUCUCAGGAGGUGUCGCAUGCAGGCCCAUGCUGAUGAUCUGUUCCCCAGCUUGGCCAGGAAAACUAAACUUCUGGACAGAGACAGAGGCUAUCAGGCGAUGGAGAGUCAACUGACUAAUAACAGCACCCUGGUCUCACAUCUUGAAAGUGAACUGGAGAGGGACAGCAUUACCAAGUGUGCCCAGCUGGCGAAGGAGAGGGAAGAAAUGGAGAGGGAGCUGGAGAGCUACACAGCUGAUCAGAGAAGUCGAGGUCGUGGGAGAGACGAGCAACAGUCUGGUGCGGCAGAAAGCCCUCACAGGGAGGCAUCAAAGUCAGAGGAAGAGCCGAUUUGGAAGCCACAAGAUGUUGCCAUAAGACAGAAACACAGACCCUCAGGUCAGACAAGUCGGGUGUCAGAUUAUCGUAAGGCGUGCUACUUUGGGAACACCAGCAGCCCCAUGGACCGGCUCCAAUCGUCUCGCAUACAGUGGGAUAUCAGCCCUGUUACAUCAAUCACCAGCCUCAUUCCAGCACAGAGCCCACGAGAGAGCACAUCCCCUAGAUCACAACAUCAUCGCACCUGCAGAGAAACUACAGAGGACUCUAUUGAUGUUGAUUCAUCUCGCUCUCCUGUCACCCAGAACACCUCCCUCCCAAUGUUCUCCCCUAAUGUCACCUCACAAAGCCCCCCAGUCCUUUAUCCGGAGAGAGCCAGGUCUCUGAGUCCUCAGAGAGAUACAGAUUUAUGCAGGAAGUCUAUGACAGAGCAGGGUUUGAGGGAAAACAAGGAUGAAGGUGUUACAAGGUUCAGACACUCAUAUGCUUAUGCAGGUGCUCAGCACUGGGAUCCAGCAGCCAGAGGUCCUUCAGCUGACGGUGAGAGGCCAACCAGUUCAGCCUCUGUUACCUUCAAUCAGCAAGCAAGAACUGCAGGAGGGGACCAGACAGCAACAAGGGAUCUCAGUCCAUCAAGUUAUUCCACUUUACCCUUUGAACAUCGUGAAGUAGGUGCAAAGGCCAAAGAAAAAGACAGUCGUGCCAGGGAUGACAGAAGGAGCUCAGGGUUUUACUCCGAGUUAGAGAGAGAGGGGGUGCGAACACGGUCAAGGAGAAGUGACAAAUGUCUCUUCUCCGAUAGUCCAAGUCCCAUCACAACACUGACUCUAGUAGAAGAGGUCGAGAGUGACCAGUCACAGUUCUCUGUUCCCGGAAUGUCGGGGUCUUUCAAGGCCAAGCCUGCAGCACCAUCACCCAAAAUGUCUCCCUUGCAGACAAGUGCAAUUCUGGAAUAUCUGAGCCUUCCAGGUUUUAUCGAAAUGAGCGUGGACGAGCCUGUGGAAGGUGCUGAAGACACAAAUACAGCCAGACAAAGUUCAGAAGUAAAAAAGCAAAAAUCUCCAGGGGCUAAGCCUGAUGUAGUUCCUAAAAACUGGGAGGUUCAUGUUCAGGAAAGCAGGGACACAGACUCUAACCGAAAGGUUUGCUUUGAAGAAAAUCACUCUGCAGCUGCUGCAGAGACCGGCUUUUAUCCUGGUAAGAAACAAAGCUUUAAAAGCUCACUCCCAGUAGAAGCUAGAGAUCCUUCAAACAGAGUGAGAUUUCCGGACGAGACACGAGGGGUGUCUCCUGGUCCAGAAAAAACUUGCAGGCAGCUCUACGAUGAGAAAACACAACUCCGAGGUGGAAAAGAAAUGGGGAGGCCUGAAUCCAGACUUGGAUCGAGGUCGGCUCACACCUUGUUCAGUGCAGCUAAAGGUAUGGCAGAUAUAGUGGCCAAACACUCAAAGAGUUUUGCAGACAGUAGUGAGUCUCUAUCAGAGCAACCCCAAAGACAAGCCUCUCAGGGCAGCAGGGCUAACAACAUUGCCUCAAGAAUCUGUCAAGCCCCUGUGCCAUUUCUGAAAAAAUCCUUAAGCAUGGGCCCCUGUCGGACUCUCUCAGGUCUGGGACAUCCUCGUCCUUUUCUAAAGAAAUCCAUCAGCCUAGGCUCGCAGAGAUGGGAGCACUUCGAAAGCCCAAGAACUUAUAUUUCUGAGAAAUGUUACUGGGACGAGUUCCCACAUCCAGAUGUCAGGGUGAAGUCCUACAGUUUGGGUCGCAGUCCGCCUUCCUUCCCUAGGCCUGGCCCCUCCUGGAGGGAGUACAUCCCCUUCAGGCGCCCCAGCAUGGGAAGCUUGGAAAGACUUCACCCUGCACAAAGAAAUUUAGCUAGUCCUCCCUACCUCACUCAACCCAUGUACCCACCCAGGCAAGCCUCAAUGUCCCCAAUGAUGGAAUCCUCAGAUCCACGACGACAAGCUGCUGUUUUUCCAGACUCUUCCAGAUGGUCCCCCUCAUAUCAGGAUAACCUGAGGCAUGCCCACUAUGUCCCCAUGCCCUCCUCCAUACCUGUCCCCCAGUACCAACCCUGGCCAGGAUACAGAGGGGAGAGCGCAAGACCCAUGGAACCCAGGAGGGGCCCUCCGAGGUCCUACCUGCCCAGGGGCAUAAGCUGGCCCUCACCUUACUACGCCCCCUUUCCCCCCAGGGAGGCAGAGAGCUACAGACAGUCAGAUAGGAUGAUGGGGAGGGGAGGGGAGACAGAGAUAAGAGAGGGGGGGAGGGCCAGCUACGCCAGUCAGAGCAGUGGGAGAGGAAGUGCUGGUCUUUUCAGACAGUCCCUGUCCAUCACCCCCACACUGCUCAGCUCCCCCGAAACCACUGAGGAGAGCGAGCGUCAUCGAGCGGAGUCCGAGCUGCUUGAGAGGAGAGCCAAAAGAAGGAACACAUCAGUAGAUGAGAGUUAUGAGUGGGACUCUGCUGAUGUGUGCGUGGACUCGGAGGUCCUGGAGGCCACAAGGUUUGAUCAGUCACAGAAGGGUUUACGCAGAGGCAGGGCGGAGCUGAGACCUGAUCAAGCUGGUGGCUUCCAGGACCGGCGACAGAAAGGCCCGUCUCCCUCAGUCAGCCCGCCAGUUUCCAUCCCACCUCGCUGCCAGUACAGCCGCUCCCUGAGUGAGGCGCGUUUCAACGCUCUCCGUCAGGAGUACCAAGAGUACAGGCGGACUCAGGAGUCCAUCUGUUCCCGUGAGCCCUGCCUCACCCCUGGCCAUGAAACAGACUCUGACACCAACUCAGCACUGCUCUAGCAGCUUGACUCGGUUUAUACAAGACAGAAACCAAAUAGAAGUUUCAAUCAUCCCACGACAGCACUGUGGUCCUCCUGGACAAUGUCACACCUCACUCAGAACUCAGAACACAUCCUCCAUUACCGCAGAUCCAGCUUAGAGACAGUGCUACAUGCAAUGUGCCAUCAAAUAACGCAGACUGCGAAUGUCAUCAGUGAAAUGGAUGACUUAUUCUUUUUCACGCUCUUGUUCAAUUCUGCUGCAUAAUGAAACUGAGAAGGGAUUAUCUGUUUUUCUAAGUAGCUUGUGAAACUGCAUUUUGGGAUUUUAUUUCUUAAACCUUGACAAUCAGGCACACAGGGCCCUUUUGAGAAAUGAACCACCCCUGACCCUCAAUGAAAUGCUUUAGAAAAGUAGCAGCAUGCUACAUUAUAAAGGUUUUAUUUCAAACAAAUGUCCAUCACAUCAAGGACCUCCCUUCAAUAAUGAAGAGGAUGCUAUUGACAAUUAUGUAGAUCUGCACCAUCAUACAUCUGUUUGUUGAAAUGUCUGUAGUGUUAACUGUGUUCUCAUUCAAACGAUGCUCAAUGCAUGUUCAUCCAUCACACUCUGAAAACGACCCAAGUACUUUAGUUGUAGUACUUAAAGAUCACAUGAUCAGGCAACUCUUAGUUUUGUACUUUGUUACAGAACCUUGAAACAGUUCAAAAUAUCUAAGUCACUAUUAUCAAAUGUUUACUGGAUUUAAAAGAAUUUAUUUACCACUGUGGUUUUCCUGCUGAUUCCAUAAACUUGUUUCCUGUUUUACUCAUUGUAUCGUCACUAAAAGGUUCCCAUGUUGAGAGUUUAUGAAUCCAAUCAUUUGUGAUAGUUCCCCAAUGUUUGUUCAAAAUGUACAAAUGUUUAUAUGUACCUUAAUGUGAAUGAACCCUUCUGUUGUGUUGUAAAUUCCACUUCAUCAUUUCAUCAGAUGACAAAAUGCUACUAUACUCCACCUGAAUCAGUCCAACCUUGCCUCUGUAAUGACAGAACAACCUUUUCAAAGAAAAAGCAACACAGGGAAAAUUAUAUUUGCCUUAUUGUUGUCAGUUCAGGAGAGACGCACAAGCUGAUUUAUUGAACUGAUCAGAGGAUUGAAAAUAUUGAAAAGUUGUACCUUUUUCAAACAAGUCUUACUCACUCUGAGAGUAAUGAUGAGUAUUUCUGUAUAUUUAUUGAAGUGAGUUAUGAUAUGCAACAAUGUUUACAAUUCACAUCUCUGGUGUGAAGGCAACACUGUGAAUAUUUCAUCGACUUCUGGUCUGUCGUGAGUUUUGUGCCCAUUAGCAGACAGCUUUUAGUUUUUGUGUUGUUUUACAGAAAAAUGACACAAGCUGUUUUUAACGUCACCUGACGAACAGACUGAAAGAAAAUCUUUGUAGGUAUACUUUGGAAAGUUUUAAGAUUUGUACUGUAUUAACUUAAAUAACCAAGAUAAAAUUCUUCAAACUGAGUGAGUAUGCAUUUCUGAUGAUGGUUUUGGAAGUUUUGUACAAACUGGAAAUUUUUAUAUCUUGCCGCUUGGUUGUUUUGUCAUUUUUAUAUGUUUGUAAUGAAUAAAUUGUUUUAUUCUGAAUAAGAAAA